GCGACUUUGAAGGGUAAAUGUUUGAUGGACAUGUGAAAUGCUUAGCUGAGGAUAUAUCUAUGUCUACCAUUUAUACCUUGAGGGCCAUCUUGACCCAAAAGUAAUGCAGUGAAUCAGGAUAACGAACGACAGAAGCAUAGCACUCUACCAUGUCUAUCACGGUCUAUUUAAAGAAGAUAUCUAACUUGUCUGGGAAAUAUGACAGGAAAGUGGAAUUGUCUUUUAGAGGUUUUACUCACAAAACAAGAAUUCUACAGUGUGAGAAUAUUGCCAUCUUCAAUGAGCACUUCAGAUGGCCUCACUAUGGGAAGGUUGAGCGAGAUGAAGUGCUGUUUAUCAGUGUGUACAACUGCAGUAAGGUGUUCAGCAACAGAUUGCUGGGAAAGCUGGUGAUCAGCCUGCAGCAUGUAGUGUCUGUUGGACAACUGCUCCUCCGUGAGCCCCUAACAGACAUUCAGCACAGCCUUACUGAUAUCUACAUAGAGCUGGAGGUGAAGUACAACCCUCUUCAAGGAGCUGCUGGGGGGUGGGACAGUGAAGACUUCCUUAGAGAAGAGCACAAUGAUAACUCAGAACUUGUCAUCAGGAAUUCUGGUUUCAUGGAUGUUAGCGCUUCAGAUGGUCUGCGUCCUCAACAGCUGGAUCGUGAGACCAGGCAGAUUGGUCGCAGCCUAUUGAAAACUGAUGACGAAAACGGAGAGGAAGAUGAUGAUAAUGAAUAUGAUGAUGAUUAUGACUUUGCAGAUAUUGAAUGUCCCAAUGUGACAUUCACUCCCAUUUUGAGUCGUUGCAGGGCUUUGGCAAAGCACGAGCUUGCUAUCACACCCAAGGUGAAGUCUUUCCAGGUGAAUGUAAAUGUGAUUGAAGCACAGAAACUAGUUGGAGUAAACAUCAACCCAGCAGUAUAUGUGAAUAUUGGAGAUGAGAAAAGGCACACAGCUACUCAGAAAUCUACCAACUGUCCAUUUUACAAUGAGAACUUCAUGUUUGAAUUCCAAGAGACACAAGAUGUGCUUUUUGAUAAAGUGAUUGAGAUUUCUGUUUUUCAUAAAAAAGUGCUUGCCUUUUUGAUGACCCACAUUGGAACUUUCAAGAUUGACAUCAGCACCGUUUAUCAACAGCAAGAUCACCGCUUCUACCAGAAAUGGGCUCCCCUCACUGACCCAAAAGACACACGCUCUGGAAUUAAAGGCUAUGUGAAGUGUACAGUAAGUGUGGUGAUGAAAGGGGACCCUAUGGGCAUGGCCAGCCUGGCACCAGCUGGCAGCCAGAAUGAUGACAUUGAAAAGAACCUUCUCCUGCCAAAAAGGAUGCCAUCAGAACGUCCUUGGGCAAAGUUUGUCCUAAAGAUCUACAAAGCCGAGGGUCUUCCCAGCAUGAACUCUGGCUUCAUGGGGAACUUCUCAAAGAUGAUGAAAGACAAGAAGGUCUUCCUUGACCCUUAUGUCCAGGUCACAUUUGCCGGCCAGCAGGGAGAAACAUCAGUAGAAAGCAGCACCAAUACUCCCGAGUGGAAUGAACAGAUAUCCUUCAUCGAGCAGUUUCCUCCUCUUGCUCGACGAAUCAAAAUCCAGAUCCUUGAUGAUGCCAACAUUGUGGAUGUAGCUGUGGCAACACAUUUCUUGGACCUUCUUCAGAUAUCUAACCCCAACCGAAACGGUUUCAACCCUACCUUUGGGCCAGCAUGGAUAAAUCUGUAUGGCUCUCCUCAAAACUCCACACUGAGGGAUAUCCACAGACAUCUUAAUGAAGGACUGAGUGGAGGGAUCUUCUACAGGGGCAGAAUCCUGCUCUCGCUAACUGUCGAGGUUUAUAGCUCUCCCACAGCUGUGGUGACAGAGAGUAAGACCAUUGCUAAUGUGAAGAGCACAAUCGGCAGGCUUACUCUCAAACGCAUGAGCCGAAAGUCCAAGGAGAAGAAGAGGACAGACAAAGACGCAGUGCAGACUCACAGUGGACCUGCGGCGGAAUCUGAGGACAUCGGCACUGAGGUACCAGCUGCGGUCACAGUAGAAGUGGAAGAUGUUCACCCAAUUCCUGAGAAUUUCACAGGAGAGAAGGAGGAAUUUUUGUUGUUUGCCUCUUUCUUUGAGGUGACAAUGAUAGAUCCUUCAAUUGGCUCUAAGCCUGUCACCUUUGAGCUCUCUAUAGGGAAUUAUGGGAAAACUGCAGAAGUGCUGGUAAAGUCAAGCAAGAUUGGAAGUCAGGAGAACUUGGCUGAGGACAGAGAGCCUCUGUUAGAAUCAGAGGAUGAGUUGGAGAGACAAGAGAUCCUGAACCCAGGCCCUCAAAACAAAUCUGUGACUGCUCCCAGAAGACCACAGGCCACUGAAUAUGACAGAUCAUUUAGUUGCAUUCCUCUCCUCCGGGAGAAACCAUGCAUCUACGUGUGGAGCAACUUUGAAGAUCACACCUUCCGAUUCCACAACAGCAACUGGUUGUCCAAGAUGGCCGAUAGGCUGGAAUAUGGCAUUGAUGAGGUGGAGAUAUUGUUGAAAAGACCAAAAAGCAAAGCUAAAGAACGUUUAAUGGAUGUCGUCAUGGAAUUAUUUUCCACUUGCAAGCAGUACAGCACAAACUUAGAGAGAAAGAGGAAUACUCGCCAAAACCCCCUGGACAAGUGCCGUGUAGGGCUUAUCAAAAGGAACAUAGUCUUGCUGGCGAAGCAGGCCAUAAGAGUGAGAAAAAGAGUUACCCGAAAUACAGUAAAAGACAGACUAGCAGACCUCAAAAAUAUUGUAAAGAGACUCCACUUUCUGGCACAAGAGCCUCAGAGCACUCUGCCCGAUGUGUUUUUGUGGAUGUUGAGUGGAGGAAAGCGAGUAGCUUACGCCAGGAUCCCAGCACACUCCAUUCUCUUCUCAUUAGUGGAGGAGGAAAAGGGAAAAGACUGCGGCAACAUCGCAACUGUGUACAUGAAGACCCCUGGAGGACCAGUGGGGGAAAUCUUUGCCAAACUGGAAGUCUAUAUGUGGCUUGGUAUCACAAAGUAUGCAAAAAACAGUGUCACGAGCCUUCCAGCAGAGUUUAGACCCAUUUACGAGGAGGCGACAUCUGGUGUAUCGAUUCCCCGUAACAUGCCUCCCACCAAAUUAGCAGUGGAAGACAGUCGAUAUUUCCAGCUGCGAGCUCACAUUUAUCAAGCCCGUGGCAUCAUUGCAGCUGAUGACAACGGACUGUCCGACCCCUUUGCCAAUGUUGUGUUCUCCACUCAGUGUCAGGUCACUAAAGUGAUGGAAGAAACUCUGUCUCCCACCUGGUGUGAGUUACUGCUGUAUGAUCAGGUUCUGAUGGAGGGCUGUAAGGAGGACUUUAGGGAAGAUCCUCCUGUGGUCAUCAUUAAUAUCUAUGACUAUAACAAACUUGGCAGUCCACAAGCCCUUGGCCGUGCAUUUGGGAAGCCAGAGCUCAAGUUUGUGGAAGAACCAUAUAAAAAACCCCAGCUGCAGUUUUUUGAGAUCACAAAAGGCAAGAGCAAAGCUGGUGAAAUCCUGGCUGCUUUGGAGCUAAUCGAAUUGGAUUACUCAAGCUUUGGAGAGCCAGCUGUACCUUUAGACGUUGACCCCAAGGAGCCACGAUACCUUGAAGAAGAGCGCCGAUACAUCAUUCCAGAAGGAGUUCGACCUGUGCUUAGAAAAUACAGAAUAGAGGUGCUGUACUGGGGCCUAAGGGACCUGAAGAGGGUCAACCUGUUUGAAGUGGAGCGGCCUCAAGUGAAGAUAGAGUGUGCGGGCCAAAUGAUAGAGUCGGAGGAAAUUCAGAGCUACAAGUUGAACCCCAACUUCAGUGAUGUGGUUAAACACUUUGAUGUUGAGCUUCCGGAGCUUGUCUACCUGCAUCCUCCUCUCACUAUCUUUGUGAUGGAGCAGAGGGCGUUUGGGAGACUGGUUUUGGUAGGAACUCACGUGGUCCAAAGCCUGGUGCAGUUUGGUCCCAGAGACCAAGAGGAGUGGAAGGACAUAGAGGAGGAGCCAGAGGAGAAAAAACCUCCCAAAAAGACUACUCCUCUAACCACGGUGAUCACCAUGGAUUUGGGAGGACUUCCCUUGAAAGAUACCAAAAUUCCAAUCAAGGCUCUUAACUUAAUCACGGCUCCACUAAAAAAGGUGACAAAAAAUGAGGAGGAGUUAGAGGAGGAGGAGCCAGAAAAGGAGGAGCUUGAUUGGUGGUCUAAAUAUUAUGCAUCUUUGUCUGAACUUGAAAAACAGGAGGAGAAAGAUGAUGACAUGGAAGAUGCACAUGAUGGAGAUGGAGGGCCCCUGACCAUGUCGGCCAUAGAGGCAGAGGAGGAUGAGACUGCGAUUGAAAUAGAGUCUCCUGCUCCAAAGAGGAAGACGAUUGCCACCUUAAAGCUUUACAAGUCUGAGCUUGAAAAUGAAUUCAGUCAGUUCAUGGAUUGGUUGCACAUAUUUCCUGUGUACAAAGGCAAAUCCAGCCUGGAGGAUGAAGAGGAAGAUGAAAGUACGAGAUAUAUGGGGAAAUAUAAGGGAUCGUUUCUAAUAUACCCAAUUGCUCCUGAAGAUGAGGAUGCAGACUGUCAGAUCACUAAUGGACUUCCCAAAAAUACACCCAUCAAAGUCCUUGUGAGGGUGUAUGUAGUAAAAGCAACCAACCUAGCACCCACAGACCCUAAUGGAAAGGCAGACCCCUAUGUUGUGGUGAAAGUUGGCCAUCAGCAAAUGGACAGCAAAGAACGCUACAUUCCCAAACAACUCAACCCAGUGUUUGGAGAAGUGUUUGAGCUGACUGUAUCCUUCCCUCUGGAGACAGAGCUCACACUGUAUGUGUUUGAUCAUGACCUGGUGGGCUCUGAUGACUUGAUUGGAGAGACCCGCGUGGACCUGGAGAACCGUUUCUACAGCCGCCACCGCGCCGGGUGUGGCCUGGCCCUUCAUUAUGACAAGGAUGGCUAUAAUAAAUGGAGAGAUGCCAAGAAACCCACUGCAAUUUUAUUGGAGCUCUGCCGUAAAAAUGGGAUUCCUUCUCCAGAGUAUCGGGAGUCUGAAAUUAAAGUUCUCAACAGGAUCUUCAAAAUUCCCAAUGAAGCUUUUCCAGAAGAGUUGCUUAAGAAGAAUAAGAAGACAGAGGACGACUAUGCAGAGCUGGAUGAGCACAAAGCUCUGAGUGUUCUCCAGAGUUGGGGGGAGAUGAGGGAGUUUUGUGAAGGAGCAUAUCCUCUGGUACUCGAACAUGUGGAGGUCCGCUCACUGCUUAAUACGGAGAAACCAGGCCUUCCUCAGGGCUACGUUCACAUGUGGAUUGACAUGUUCCCUGUGGAUGUACCUCCACCAGCACCUAUUAAUAUCAAGCCUAGACUUCCAGAGAGUUAUGAGCUGCGUUUGAUCAUCUGGAACACUGAUGAUGUCGUACUGGAUGAUGUCAAUCCAUUUACUGGAGAACCAUCAAGUGAUAUUUACGUUAAAGGCUGGAUUAAAGGUCUGGAUGGUGAGAAACAGGAGACAGACGUGCACUUUAAUUCCCUAACCGGAGAGGGCAACUUCAACUGGCGCUUUGUUUUCCACUUUGACUAUCUGCCCACGGAGAAAGAGAUCAUCUAUAAGAAGAAGGAGUCCCUGUUUGCCAUUGAGGAGACUGAGUUUCGCCAGCCAGCCGUUCUGGUACUGCAGGUCUGGGAUUAUGACCGCAUCGGCUCCAAUGAUUUCUUGGGUUCAAUAGAGUUGCGUCUCAAUGAUAUGGUUCGUUCAGCAAAGACAUCAGGGCAAUGCUGUGUAAAGAUGGCCAAAGACAAGGCUGGCCCUCGCUUCUCCAUCUUCCGCAGCAAGAGGAUGAGGGGCUGGUGGCCGCUCAUUAAACUCAAGAGCCAGGAGGACAUUGAGAGAGAGGAGAGAGAGGCAGAACAAGAGAAGAAAAACAAGAAGAAGAAGAAAAAGAAAUCAAGCAAGCGUAGCCAGAUGAAACCAGAAGAUCUGCAAUUUGUAGACAGUAGUGGGAACACCUUCCUCUUAAUGGGGAAAGUAGAGGCCGAGUUCCACCUAGUGACAGCUGAGGAAGCUGAGAAGAACCCUGUGGGUAUAGCACGCAAGGAACCUGAACCACUGGACAAACCAAACCGUCCCAAGACAUCCUUCAACUGGUUUGUGAACCCCAUGAAGACCUUUGUGUUUUUCAUAUGGAAGAAAUACAAGAAGUACAUAAUUGCUUUGAUCAUUCUGGUUCUUCUGGGAGUCUUCCUCUUCCUCAUCCUCUACACCUUGCCUUCACAAAUCAGCCAACUUAUUGUCAAUGGAUGAGGAGAUGGUAAUGCAGAUAAAUGCUGACAAAAAUGCCCUUCAAGGGAUAGUUCACCCAAAAAUUUAAAUUCUCUCAUCAUAUGCCAUCUCUCACCCUUAUGCCAUCCAGAGAAAUCCUAAAGAUUUUUAGAGGAAUAUCUCAGGUCUGUAGGUCCAUGAAAUGCAAAAUAACAGGGUCCAAAACCUUUAAGCUAAAAAAAGCACAUAAAGGCAGCUUAAAAGGAAUCCAUAUGACCCAAGUGGUUAAAGCUAUAUUCAGAAGUGAUAUGAUAUAGAUGUGUGAGAAACAAAUCAAUAUUUAAGAAGUUUUUUUACUAUAAAUCUCCACUUUCAAACAGCCCACCUAAGCGUACUUCUCUAUUAAGAGUUCUUUUUGCUGAUUUGCAUUCUUUGUGCAUACCGCCACCUACUGGGCAGGGAGGAGCAUUUACAGUUAAAAAUGACAGAAAUAUUGAUGUUUCUCAACCACACCUGACAUAUUUGCUUAUGAAAACAUGUCUUUAACAGCUGGAGUCAUAUGGAUUACUUUUAUGAUGCCUUUAUGUGCUUUUUGGAGCUCUAAAAAAAAACACUUAAUCAACAUUUAUUUUCAUCAAGAGACUACACAUGUGAAUUUUGUAUAUAUUUUUUGCUUGAUAGCUGACAAUUAGCAUGUGGUACUAACCUAAAAAAAAAAAUUCCUUAAGGAUGAGUAAAUGAUGACCAAAUUUAUAUUUUUGGGUGACCCAAUGGAAUUGAAUGGAAAAUACAUAAUAAUAACUUAAUUAUAACAUAAUAAUAAGACUUAAAGUAUACAAGUAAUUGUCUGACAACAAAUUCAAUGAUGUAAUAUGAUCAUGUAAUUCCCAAUCAUGCUGCUGAUUUUUAUUAUAUUCAUUUUGAUAUAGUUUUUAACAUUUUCUGGGAUUGUAUUGUUAACUGGAAUAUAGUCAUUCUGUUGUAGAUAUUAAAGAUUGUUUAGGAAAACCUUGUCAGUUGUUUUUA